GGGAGUCUGCGCCGGGCGCUUGCGGGGCGGUGCCCGUGUUGCUGUCGGUGUUCCUGCCUCCUCGUCCAGUGCCUAGGCUCGCCGCCACCUGCUGGCUUUGGUCCAGCUGUUCAUUGCUAAGAUCGCAGCACCCACAUGCUUCUUGCAUAAUUUCUCUGUACUUAGUGGAAGUAGCAGCCUACCUCAUCGCCGGAUCUCCUUCGCUUGCCUCUCCUUCACUUUCACACAGCAUGUGCUGAUAUUGCCUCCGGAAACUACUACUUUCCUACCCUAUUUCUCUCGUUCCUUCUCCUCCUCAGUUACCUCUGGUCUUGGUUCGCUCUCUUUAUCCAUCCCGUCAUCUAGAUAGUCCCAGACCGUGGUCGUCACCGCGAUGGUACACUCAAUCCUCCCUUUUCGAGACAUCAAUCUCCAUUCGUCCCCGACUCAUUAUGCCUUCACCUCGCCCUCUUCGCCCGAUGCCCCGACGCUCGUGGUUGAACGUCCAACAGGCGAUUUCCGCUUGAGCAAUGGUGCCUUGUCUGGCGCAAAACGCAUCUCUAGUAUCGCAGGCAUCCUUGGUAUCAUCAAGUUGAAACUAGACAAGUAUAUCAUCGUCAUUACCAAGGCCCAGCCUAUGGGCCGGCUGCGCGGUCAUAUGGUUUACAAGGUCGCUGCUACUGAGUUCCUCCCUCUGCGAGAACGGCCCCUCCAUGAUCAUGACGAAGAUACCUACCUGUCGCUGGUGAAGGAGCUGCUUCGUACGGGGCCGAUGUACUUCUCGUACGCUCUGGAUUUAACCAACAGCUUCCAGCGCCAGUCGCAGAGUGAUCCCAGCCUUCCGAUGUGGAAACGAGCCGAUGAUCGCUUUUUCUGGAAUCGGUUUAUUCAAUCAGACUUGAUCGACUUCAGUAUCGGAGAGCAUAACUCGACGGGUGUGCGGUAUGGUCCGCAGCCUGGGGCAGACCCUUAUAUUCUACCUGUUUUCUUUGGAAUGCUACGUAUUACACCAGCCAAGGUGAAGUCGACCACUUUCACUUUCGCUCUUAUUACACGGAGAUCCAGGCACCGUGCUGGGACUAGGUAUUUCUCGCGUGGUAUUGACGAGCAAGGCCAAGUAUCGAACUAUAAUGAGACUGAACAGAUUGUCAUCCUGAACGACGCAACUGGCGGUCUGUCUGGCUUCGCCGGAGGACAAUCAAUGACGAAAGAGAAUGCGGGGGAUUCUGCCCAGGACCUUCAAGUCAUGUCCUUUGUCCAAACACGAGGCAGCGUUCCCGUUUUCUGGGCGGAGGUUAACAACCUCAAAUAUACCCCUAAAUUGCAAGUGCGCGGUGUGGAGACUGCCGUCCAAGCAGCGCGUAAGCACUUUGCUCAGCAGAUCGGGAUCUACGGUGACAACUACUUGGUCAACCUUGUCAACCAAAAAGGAAGAGAAGAGCGUGUGAAAAGGGCAUAUGAGCAAUUGGUCCGCAUUCUGGUGUCUUCGUCCAGCGAAGUGACUGAGGCGGAUUCCGAGACCUCGGAAAAAGUACAUGUCGUCGAACCAGAUCAUCCACAAAAACAGAUGGACCGCCUUCAUUAUAUUUACUUCGACUUCCACAGUGAGACAAAGGGUCUCAGAUGGCAUCGCGCUGAACUACUGAUGGACCGUCUAGUUAACGGUCUCUCCCAAGGUGGCUAUUUCCGUGGUGUGGAAACUCCAGGUGCUCCUGGCGGACAGUUGGAGGCAAGAGCUCUACAAUCCACCGUCGUCAGGACAAAUUGCAUGGACUGCUUGGAUCGUACAAAUGUUGUCCAAAGUAUGCUUGGCCGCUGGGCUGUGACGAGACAGCUCACCGACGCGGGAGUCCUACGUCCGGGAGAAGCAGCCAAUGAUGACCGCGAAUUCGAAAACCUGUUUCGCAAUAUCUGGGCGGAUAAUGCCGACGUUGUCUCCAAGUCGUAUUCCGGUACGGGUGCGUUGAAGACCGACUUCACUCGUACCGGCCAACGCACAAGGGCUGGCAUGGUCCAGGAUCUGAGCAAUUCGAUUACACGGUACAUUCGAAACAAUUUCCUGGACGGACCACGUCAGGAUGGCUUUGAUGUAUUCCUGGGAACAUAUCUUCCCCCAGAGUCCGCUCUUGGAAACCUUCAACUUUUCGUUGAUCGCCGGCCGCUCAUAAUCCAGGCUAUGCCCUACAUCCUCGCGGCUGGAAUCUUGAUGAUAAUUCUGGCUACGUUUACCCGACGUCUUCCGGAUUCUGCCGUAUGGCCGUUGCGCAUCUUUGUUGUUUUUUGGCUGGUCAUCUCGGGUUUGUGCGCUCGCUUCAUUCUUGCGCACGGGAUGCUCUAUGUGAACUGGCCCAAAUUAAACACGCCUGCGGCUGGCUCAGAGGGCUACCAGGAUGCACUUAUCAAAGCUCGCGCAGAUCCGGUUGUUGGUCAACUACUUCCAUCUAGAAGGCAUCAGCGAGGAUAUAGCAAUGCUCGUCUGGGCUUCCUCGAAGAGGGAAAGACGAGGAUCGAAUAGUCGCACAUCAAGUGUUAUACCUUCUGUCCCUUUAAACUUCUCUACCUCGCACCCUUAUUCGUUAUGCUGGGCAUAUUUGCUUCAAACCUUCACGUCUUCUUCGUCCAUUACCCUAUACUGUUUCCGAUUCCUUCACUUUGUUCGUUUAUCGUCUUUGCAUUGCUUGGCAAAUCCCGAGCUAUACUAUGAACACCACUUAGAAGUAGAUAGCAUAGUCGCCGUCUGUAUUAUGGUAGUAACUUUAAUUAAAGUCUCUGGGGCGGACGGCUCUGAAGUCCAUGUACAACACGAUGAAUUCCGAUCCCAAGUGAUCAUGAUGUAUAUAUGCGAUCACGUGAUACAUGCUAUAGUCUUGUAUCCUGGUCCCUCCUCCAGCCAGUCCGCCCCUCAGUCAGAUUCGUCACAUAAGCGGAAAGCCCCUCUUGUACACUGAUGAGGGGCAUUCGCAUCCCACAUCGCUUUCCCAAAAUUCUCCCAUUGCGAUCGCUGUCGUCUCAUUCUACCGUGAUGUCUCGCGAUUACGGUGUAUGUGAAGGUUCACUUCCGACGAGCUUCAAAAACCGAGACUGAUGACGAUUGGCAGGCUGCGAUUGCAGCUCUCAACCU